UCCUUUUCCUCAAUUGAAUCUUCGUGCUCUGUAGUAGUUUCCCUCUGCACACCCAGAGCCGCCGUCCCUCUGUCGGCUGUCUGCUCAUACCCCAUCUCCUUUUUCCCUUUGAGAAAAGGUUAGACAUUCAGGAGGCAGAACAAUAAUCAGGAACUUUGAGAGUUUAGAGCUUAAGAUAGUGCUGAUUGUCAAGCACAGGGUGGCUAGGUUUAGCAGCAAGCUUGAGCUAGCACCUCGCACCUUCCCUCCCCUAAUCACCACCAUGGCGUCGAGAUUUUUGCCCCUCGGUCUAGUUCUCACCGUAUUCGUCCUCGCCGCUUUCCCUCGGGCCAACGGUGGUAGAUACGAAACGUGGGCGAAAGGAUUCACAGCCACGUAUUAUGGCGGACAGGGAGACGGCGGCUCGUGCGGGUACGGCACCGCGCAGCAAUCCGGCUUCGGCGUUUACACCGCGUCGGCGUCCGCGUCGCUUUACCAGUCCGGGCUGCUGUGCGGCGCGUGCCUACGCGUUAAGUGCGUCAACAGCCCGCUCUGCAAGCCCGGCGUGUCGCCGAUGGUUACCGUUAGUAAUGUCUGCCCGCCGCUGUCGUCGGGCGGAUGGUGCGACGGGAACAAGAUGAGUCUGUCGCUCGCGCCGACGACGUGGAACAUGAUUGCGACGAAUCCGAACAUCGGAGUUGUACCCGUUAUAGUGAAGCGGGUGCUGUGCCAGAGGAAGCGAGGAAUCGUGUUCAACGUGACGGGAAACCCUUACUACAUUGAAGCUCUGAUCAAGAACGUCGCGGGAUCGGGCGAUCUGCGCCGGGUCGAUCUGUCACUGAACCGCGGUCCGUUCCAGCCCAUGAUUCGAUCCUACGGGUCGGUCUGGACAUUUUCCGGGCAGAAGAUCACGGGCAAGUCGCUCUCGUUCCGCCUCUUUUCGCGCAAUGACAACGCGUCACUCGUCAUCUGGAACGCGCUGCCGCCCAACUGGGUCCAGGCCGUUAACUACAUCUCCAAGUCGAACUUCGGCUUCGCGUAAUAAUGACGGAGACGGGCCUAAAUCGCGGUCCGGGUGGGGGAGAAACGCGGCGAGAUUAUGACAGGGGGGGUGCCGUGAAACGCGGUGGUGGAAGCCAACUAGAGAGUUAGCGGAAUAAAUGAUGGUAGGGCUGGAUUAGGUGCGGAGUUUACUGAAAUGUGACGUGACGUACCUUUUAGCGGCUUGAAAUAAAGGCUUUUAGGUGUGUCCAAUGUAACUUGCUGCAUACCAAACCUUCUCGCCGUAUUUGGCGGUAGUGUUGUUUCCAUGGAUUAUUCAUGCCUUAGUGUAGCGUGCGGGUGGGAUUUCAUUUUAGUGCUUAGCAUAUC